AUGGUCGCCAAACUACUCGGACUCAUCGCAGGAGCGCUGGCGCUGACCAGCAGCGUCGUCAAUGCCCAUGGCUCGCACGACAACGACAACCCACCAUCCGACGACUGGGCCACGAACCAUAUGAGAGAGGAACACCACAUCGACGCUUUCGACGCACUGUCAUUCUUCACGCUACACGACUACGAUUCAUCGGGGACGUGGACCCCUGACGAGGUGCGCAAGACGUACGGUCUGGACGACGAGUCCAAUGCCGGUUCCAGCGAGGCCCGAAAGCAGGAAGCGGUCCUCGCGGUGUUCAGGCUGUUUGACAAGCAGAACACGGGCGUCAUUACCCGCGAUUCCUGGAUGCAAGGCAUCAACUCCGGCACUCGCCUGCCCGAUCUCGGGUUUGGCCCUGGACACCACGGGGACGACGAGUACGAGUAUGAGAUUCACCACUUCGAGAAGUACCACAAUGAGUAUACCACGGAGGAGGAAUUGACCCACCCGGAGGAUAUUGAGCAUUUCCGGAAACACGACGAGGACGAGCUCGCGGCGCUGCGGUUACAGAAGAUGGAGGAGACGCAGGUGGUGGAGGUGAAUAUUCCGGGCAAGUUCCGGAGGAAUUAG